UAUAAGGAAAGUACAGAAAAGCUGGUCUCCCUUGCCAGUGGAGAACUUCAUCAUAUUGUCGGGAUCUUCACUGUUUGACCAUUGAGAAUAAAGAAGAGGCCAUUUUCUUCCUUCAUAAAGAAUAUCCAUUAGAUAUAUGGACCCACCCAGGAUUGAAAUUUGUCCACAAGCUACUGAAUGCAGAGAGACUUCUGUUCGGGUGGUUCAGACCUGAUGCUCAGAGCCCCUAGGAAUCCCGCAUAGACCUGGCUCCCCUUCCUCUCUGCCCCAUGAUCCAGCAACUGAAGGGUUAACCCCUGACACAGCUGGAGGCCUCUGGGACCCAUUUGGGGCUGGUGGUUAAAUAUUUGGAACCAUCACCCCUGGACCUCCCCAGUGCCUUUGCUUAUUCCUAAAAUGCUGGAUUCAAGCAAUACCUUUGUAUUGUCAAGAGCAUUGCACCAGUCUCUAAGGAACAACUUCAGCUCUCCCACUGGAAGCUUCUUUCAGAGCAGAGUGGGCAUCUGGCCACACGGGCCUUUGGGAUUUGGAACAACCCAAGAUGUGCUUCUCUGCCCCGGGGCUCUUGUGUCACAUGUGGCACAGCUGUGAGUCGAGGCCCUGACCCCCUUCCCCCAGAAGGAAGAGUCCUUCCUGUCUGAAGAUGAACUCCACGGAGCCCCUUGAGGAUGCUCCCAACGGCACGUUGCUGCGCGCGCCUCGCUCCCAGGGAGGAAACAGCACCGCCAUCCCGGGGGACCUCCAGCACCUCAUCCACACGGCCACUCUGGUCACCUGUACUUUCCUGCUGGCGGUCAUCUUCUGCCUGGGCUCUUAUGGCAACUUCAUUGUCUUCUUGUCCUUCUUUGAUCCAGCCUUCCGCAAGUUCAGAACCAACUUUGAUUUCAUGAUCCUCAACCUGUCCUUCUGUGACCUCUUCAUCUGUGGAGUGACGGCCCCCAUGUUCACCUUCGUGCUCUUCUUCAGCCCCGCCAGGAACAUCCCAGACGCUUUCUGCUUCACCUUCCACGUCACCGGUUCGGGCUUCAUCAUCAUGUCCCUCAAGACCGUGGCGGUGAUUGCCCUGCACCGGCUCCGCAUGGUGCUGGGGAAGCAGCCCAAUCGCACUGCCUCCUUUCCCUGCACCGUGCUUCUCACUCUGCUUCUCUGGGCCACCAGUUUCACGCUGGCCACCCUGGGCACGCUGAAAACCAGCAAGUCCCACCUCUGCCUUCCCAUGUCCAGUCUGACGGCCGCAGAAGGAAAAGCCAUUGUGUCUCUGUACGUGGUGGACUUCACCUUCUGCGUGGCCGUGGUGUCGGUCUCCUACAUCAUGAUUGCGCAGACGCUGUGGAAGAACGCUCAAGUCAGGAAGUGCCCCCCCGUAGUCACCGUGGAUGCUUCCAGACCGCAGCCUUUCAUGGGGGCCCCCGGGAAGGGAGGCGGCGAUCCUGUGCAGUGUACCAUGCCGGCUCUCUACAGGAACCAGAAUUACAACAAGCUGCAGCACAUUCAGACCCACGGAUACACCAAGAGUCUUAACCAGGUGCCCCCCCCGGCAGCCAGCCGGCUCCAGCUCGUGUCGGCUGUCAAUUUGUCCACGGCUAAGGACUCCAAGGCGGUGGUCACCUGUGUGAUUAUUGUGCUGUCCGUCCUGGUGUGCUGUCUCCCCCUGGGGAUUUCCUUGGUGCAGGUGGUCCUGUCCAGCAAUGGGAGCUUCAUCCUCUACCAGUUUGAACUGUUUGGAUUUACCCUUAUAUUUUUCAAGUCAGGAUUAAACCCUUUUAUAUAUUCUCGAAACAGCGCGGGGUUGAGAAGGAGAGUGCUCUGGUGCCUCCGGUACGUCGGCCUGGGUUUUUUCUGCUGCAAACAGAAGACUCGACUUCGAGCCAUGGGGAAAGGGAACCUGGAGGUCAACAGAAACAAAUCAUCCCAUCACGAAACAAACUCCGCCUACAUGUUGUCUCCAAAGCCCCAGAAGAAAUUUGUGGACCGGGCUUGCGGCCCAAGUCACUCGAGGGAAAGUGUGGUCAGUCCCAAGAUCUCUGCUGGGCACCAGCCCUAUGGUCAGAGCAGCUCAACCCCCAUCAACACCCGCAUCGAACCGUACUACAGCAUUUAUUAUAGCAGCCCCUCCCAGGAAGAGAGCGUGCCGCCGAACUUACCGCCAGUAAACUCUUUGGGAUUUGCCAAUUCCUAUAUUGCCAUGCAUUAUCACACCACUAAUGAUUUAAUGCACGAAUACGACAGCACGCCGGCCAAGCAGAUCCCAGUGCCCUCUGUGUAGUGUCCUGGAGGCUGGAGACUCUUGGGCAAACCGUUGGUGUUUCGGGUACUAACUGAUUUCUUUUUCAUUUUCGUGAGACCAGCGGUAGAUGAAAACAUCAAGAUUCAGCAGAACAGUUGGCAGUUAUGAUCGUCUUCUGUCUCAAGUAUUGGCAUCUACUGAUUUGCUUUGUGGUUUCCUGACAUUUUAAGAUUUGAUGUAAAAAUUUAUAAUUUAGCUUUUUACCCUGACCUGUGCUCCGAUCUUUGAUACUAAACUUUUAAAUAGAUGCCAGGAAUGAUCAUGCUAGUGUAUUCAAGGAGAAUGAACGGAUUGUGACCAUUUGAGUCCGUGUUCGGGGUCUUCAAAGUACACCUGAGCUGGAUUUUUUAAACAAUGUGAAGGGAUGAUCUUCACUGAGGUGAAUUUUUUUAUUAAUUGAACUAUAAAUUUUGAUUCUUUGAAGUGUUCAAAUGGGGAACAAUACACUUUUUUUGGUAGCAGGUUUAUCUGAAUAAAUAAUCUAUUGUCAAAGCAGAAAAUCAGAAAUAUAUUCUCGGUAAUUACUUACCCAGGACACACACAGGCUUUAGGUACUUUGCUUUCCUAAGACAGUCCACCAAGUAUUAUGAUUACUACCAUUUCUUAUGAUAGACACUAUUACUUUGUGGGAAUUGACUAGCUGUAUCAUUCGUUUUUUUUUUAAAGAAAUAUGUUUUUGCUUGCUAAAAAUGAAUUAUUCUAUUUUGGAAUGAGCUUACCCAAGAAUCCUAGUGAAGAGAACUGCACUUGUAGUAGAGGAAUGUGAUUUCUCGGAGCAGAAGCACUAACUGGGGUCCUCUGAGCCAGGGUAUGGAGAUGUGGGGAGCAAUCUGGACUGCUGUUGUGUGUUAGAUGAUCUUCAUUACUGCUUAAGAAGGUGUGAGAAUGAGAUUGGGAGUAUUCUGAUUUACACGUUCCUUCUGUGUGAGGAUGAUUUGCUAACAAGCUGACAGAGAGUAUCCAAGUAACUAUUUAAAAAUAUUUUUUUUUCUUUGUUUAAAUAUCACUGCGGUAGAAAAAUUUUUAAGAUUAUCUGUUUGCAAACUAAUUGUUUUAUUUCUCUCCCAUUAAUCUUGGCGACAGGCAAUAAAGAAAACUAGAUUACAUAUUUCUAUACCUGGAACUAAUUUUAUGGUCUACUCUGUGAUUCCUAGCAUAACAACCAUAAAUUCAUAUUUUUAUGUAAAAAUAUUUUCAUUGUACAGUUAGCUUUUGAACUUGCUACAAUUUUGGAACUAUAGCUGUUAGACUCAAGAUGAGCAUCAAGAUCCAAAACUAGCUUUAGAAAUUGAUAUAUUUCAGAGCUGUUACUGCAGGUUGGAAGGAGCUUUGUUGUUUUGGGUGAAAGGGAUUCAAUGUAGAGCUCCCUCUCCAGGCUGUUGCCAAAUACAAGAGCGCCCCGAGUUGUAGAGAAGACAGUAGAUGCUCGGCUGGAGCUCUGCACAGCCUCAUCCAACAGCCGCCUUCCAGCACCGACCAGUCAUUCUGUUUGUGAGGCUUAAGUAUGAGAUAUGGGUUUUAUUUUAUUUUUAAAUUCACCUUUUAGGACUUUGUCCUUCCCUUCCUUCUCUCCUUUUUUCCUUUAGUUUUGCUAUUUAAAUUUUCUAACAGAAGAGAAAAUAUCCACUCUGUCACAUUUUUUUUCUUGUUUGUAAUUGAAUGCUAUUUUUGGAAGUCACUAUAACCUAUUUCAAUUAUGCUUUUAUAUUUUUAAUACAACACUGUUUCCAUUUAUUAAUACUCCCAUGAGAUAGGUUAGUAUAUUACCCCUUUUUAAUAAAGAACUAAGAAAUCUAAUAUCCUCUCCCAAGAUCAUUUGAAGAUAAUUCUAAUUAGGAAUUAGACUUUUGUCUAAAUUUAGAAGUGGGAAUUUAUUCCAAUAAGCCAAACAGCAUUAUAAUUAAUAAGAUUAAUCAAGAAGAUACUUCAUACUUUUUAAGGUAUGUAUCUCUUUUUUGGCUAGGCAUUUCCAGUGUGAUUCAAUAAAAGAUUUUUUAAAAGUAAUUUCUACUUGUAAAAUUUGAACUGACAGGUUUCUUGUAUGACCUUUGAGUUUGAGAUGACCCAUCUUUGGGAGGUAAAAGUUAUAAUAUAAAGAAAAGUAAGCAUGCGUAUAUGAGGUAUUCAGUCUCUUUAUGCUCAUCAAGAAAUUGCUGAUUUAACUUGCAUGAAAUACAUGUUGGGCUAGAUUCUUAGCCCUCCUUCACAUCUAUCUCUACAUCUGUGUGGAGAUACAGAGACAGAUAAAACUUAUCUCUUUGUAAGUUAUAUAUGUCUAUCUGUAGAGGGAGAUAUGGAUAGACAUAUAUAACUUCUCUAUAAGGGCUAUAUUGAGAACUAAAAAUAAUGAGAAUUCAGUUGAAUAUGACUAAUUAUUAGCAGGGUAUAUUAAUUAGUUCUCUUGAUGCUUUACUGUGAUGCAAAGUGUGUGAUGUAUUUCAAACAUUUUAUAAUAGUUCUGAUGUUAACCUUUAGGCCAGAUUUGUAUUUCUGAUGCUUUUAAUGUUCUUUUAAAAUAAUGUUUGGAAAAUAAAAAUAUUGAAAACCCUAACAUUUCUGA